AUGGAUUUGAGGUUUGAACACAUUGAUGUAAAAAGUCCUAUGACAAAAGCGCGCAAGAAAAAAGCCCUCACAAAUAAUCUGAGAGAUAAAAGCACUCAAACAUAUUUGCACACAGGACAAAAGCACAAAUGUCUGUGCGACUAUGUACGUGGUGGGCUGUAUGCCAUGGAUCUAAAAUUCAGAUUUAAAAGCAUCGAAGUUUGUGAACAUCUUUCUUUUUCAGACCUACAGACAACCUGCGUGUUCGUACAACGGAGUAACAUUUCAUUUGAAAUUCACGUCCAGGGUGAAGAUCGUUACAACGAUUUUGUCAUGCAAAAGUAUACAAUACCGCAUUCAGUUUGUUUAUGUUGCAUCGACUCCGCCACAUUCUUGGCGAUGCAGCGAAAUACUUUGAAACAAUGUGGGACCUCUUACAAUUUUGUUAUUCUUCUGGCUUUGACGGAAAAAAAUAAGUCUGCAAUGCAAAAAAAAGAGGAGAAUGAAGAGAACAUCGAAUCGUUCCGCAUGGCAGUUCUCGACUUGAUUGACACGAACAAGGAUGGAAAGGUGGAGUUGGGAGAAUUCGCCAAAUUAAUUCCCAUCGAGAGCAACUUCAUGGAACAAUUUUCAAAACGGAAAUCCCUAUCCAGAAAAGAAUUUGACGACAUAUUCAAUCAUUACGAUCCAGUUUAG